AACUAUCACAUGAUAACAGCAGCAUAUCCGCUUCCGGAUUAUCCCCAAGAACAAAAUAUAGCUUGAUAUUGUGAUGCUUAUGAGGUUGGGCUAGUAUUUAUCAAUAAUAUUUUUGUAAACGUUAAGGAACUUCAAAAAGGUCGACUCUUUCUUGAGUCUGGUCGUGCUGCAUUCGCAGAUUGUAAAUCAGAGCGACGGAGCGAGGAUGAGGUGUCAGCCUUAGCAGACGACUCCAACAGAUAUGGCAGGGACGGCGGCAGCUGCGGCUACACCCACCGACUGGGAGUUCGAUAAAUUCGACGAUGGUUCUGUCAAAAUUGUUGGUGAGCUGCAGCUGAAACAGUAUGAAAGUUUCCUGGAGGAAUAUGCCACACAGCUUAAAGAAAUUGAAGAUGCACUGGAUGAUUCAAUUGGCGAUUCAUGGGAUAUGACCCUAGAUCCAAUAGGGCUUCAGGUGCUGCCAUAUGAGCAAACAACACUUCUGCAGCUUAUCCGCACGGACAACAAAAUCUUAAACAAAGUUUUGACUGUCCUCGCAGCACUCUGCUGUGAAAUAGAAGCUUUGAAACAUGAAGCAGAAACAAAGUUCUAUGGUGCCUUGCUCUUCUAUGGUGAAGGAGAGCCUGAGAAAGGACUGGAAGAUGGAGAUGCACAAGUUCAGAUGGGACGCAUGUUUCCUUUGCUACAGGAGUUAUCCUGCUUUGUGACAAGAUCAUAUGAAGUUGUGAGAAAUGUGGUACAGCAGAUGGCAUGUCUAUACACCAGUUCAAGGAGUGGAGCAAAGUUGAUUGAUGUUACAGAUGUACACUUUCAGGUUGUGUUUGAGCAUCUUGAUUUGUUGACAGUCCUUAUCACACUAGAUCACAUAAUAGAACAUCACUCCACCUUCAUGGAACACUGGACAUUGUAUAAACGAAUGGUAGCUUCAGUCCGUCAUGCACCCAGCAAGUUUAGCAUUCCAGAUGAAAAGGUGCGACCCUUUGAAAAACUCAUGAUGAUGCUUGAGGGCCGUCUGCUGGAUGGCAUGAUUUUCCAGAACUGUGUGGAGCAAACAUUUGACAGCAAAGAAGCAUACGUGUCCAAAAAUGGACCAUUUGCAGAAGAGUUUGCUCACAACAUUAAAGAAUGGAUUGCAGAGUUGGAGACAAAAAUUGGGGAGCCAAAUGAAGUUGAUCAUCGUAGAUAUUUGGUAGGAGUGACCUCCCUUUUCAUCUUGCACUUUCAAGUCUUCCGCACAGUGGACAAGCGUGUUUUCCGUUCACUUUGGGACUUGUACAAGAAAGUGCCUUGUGUGCAUUUGAUUGGAGGCGUGGUGUGGUUUGGCAAUGAAUUUUUGGUGACUCGCCUGCCACAUGUUACACAGCUUCUUGAUCGCAAGGCACAGCUGGCCAUCCAACAGCAACAGGUGCUGUGGCUGCAGACACGAAACCAAAAUCUAAUUCGAGAUAUGCAGGCCCUCAGCACACAAGUGGCUGCUUGGAUGGUUCGGAUGGAAUCCAACCUUUCACGAGGAAACACACUCAUGGAAGACCUUAACAACCGCUGCAUGCUGUUCUUACAAGGAUUGCUGUACGCCUUCAACAUUAGCCACCUAGUGAGGACAGUGAUGAACCUACAUGUAGCCCUACAGAAGCCAAUGACCAAAACAGCUGUGCUGUCUCUUUGCCGUCUUAUUGAGCUCCUAAAGACUAUUGACCACACCUUUCAUAGGAAGAGCAUGCUCAUAGCAGAGAGUGUCAAUCAUAUCGUGCAGUUCUUGUCUUUUAAAGCACUCAAUUCUCUUGCCAUUGCCAAGAAACGAAUUAUGUCCGACAAGAAAUACAGCGACACGCGACUGGAUGUGUUGUCAGCACUAGUGCUUGCUGAGACAGUACUAAAUGGACCAGGCACAAAAGAAAGACAACUUGUCCUGAGGCUUGCUUUAGCAGUUGGCACUAAGUUGAAAGCAUUCAGAGAUGAUGAGAAGGUCAGUCUUGAUGAUACGCUGAGAAAACUUGAGUUGAUUUGCACUCUUAGAGAAAAGCUCCGAGCUGCCUGUGAUUGCAGUUUCAUGUACUGGCAUCGUGUUAUCUUCCCAUUGUACCUGGAUGAUUUGUGUGAGAAUGUGACAGACACCCAUAGAGUACAUUACAUGUUUGGAGCUCUGCGGGACUGCGUGACACCAAUGAUGGUCGUCAGACAUUUACCAUCUGCCCAGGUUUUGUUAGAUUCAUUUGAUCAAGAGAUUACCAAAACCAUGAAGGAGCAUUUACUGGGGCCAUUAUGUCAUGCCAUUGAAACAGACCUGCGACUGCAUAUUCAUCUUCACCUGCAGCUGGAUGACCGCAAUCCUUUCAAGGUUGGCCUACAUGACCUCUCCCAUCUGCUGCAUGUCCGUCCUAUUCGGUUCUUCCAUCGCACCAUUAACAUCAAAGCAUACGUGGAGCACUACUUGAAUAAGACAUUCUACAAUCUCACCACUGUUGCUUUGCAUGACUGGAAGACGUAUGGAGAGAUGAAGAACAUGGCUGAGCAGAAGUAUGGCUUGUCACUUCCUGAAUCACACCUGCCAAGCCAGACCCUUGAACAGGGUCUUGAUGUGUUGGAGAUAAUGCGCAACAUCCAUGUCUUUGUGUCCAAGUACCUCUACAACCUUAACAACCAGAUCUUUGUGGAGAGGACCAGCAACAACAAGCAUUUAAACACCAUUAACAUUCGCCAUAUUGCUAACUCCAUCCGCACUCAUGGUAUUGGCAUCAUGAACACAACUGUAAAUUUCACAUUCCAGUUCUUGAGGAAAAAGUUCUUCAUUUUUUCUCAGUUUAUGUAUGAUGAACACAUCAAGUCCAGACUUAUUAAGGACUGGAAGUUCUUCAGGGAAAACCACAUGCAGACAGAUCAAAAGUAUCCCUAUGACCGUGCAGACAAGUUCAACAAAGGCAUUCGCAAGUUGGGCCUCACACCAGAUGGAGAAAGUUACCUGGAUCAGUUCCGCACUCUGAUAACGCAGAUAGGCAAUGCUAUGGGCUACAUCCGUAUGGUGCGUUCAGGGGGUUUGCACUGCUGCAGCAAUGCCAUUCGCUUCAUACCUGACCUUGAGGACAUUGUCAACUUUGAGGAGUUGACCAGAGAGGAAGGCCUGUCACCUGAGUGUCAGUUUGCUGCAAGAAAUCUAGAUAAUGUCAUCGAAAACCUUGCCAAAAACUUUGCAGAAGGAACAGAAUAUUUUAAGAUGCUGGUCGACGUGUUUGCUCCUGAGUUUCGCAACCCCAAGAACAUGCAUCUGCGAAACUUGUUUGUCAUUUUGCCACCACUGACACUGAACUUUGUUGAGCACUCAAUCAGCUGCAAAGAGAAGAUGAAUCGAAAGAAUAAAGUUGGGGCAGCUUUCACAGACGAUGGUUUUGCAAUGGGUGUCGCAUACAUCCUCAAACUCUUGGAUCAGUAUUAUGAGUUUGACUCUCUGCAUUGGUUUCAAGCAGUCCGUGACAAAUUCAACAAAGAUAAGGAGCAGCUAGGCAAACAGUCAGCUGGAGGGCGAGCAGAUGAAAAGUUGCAGCAAACAAUGAGCUUAACUGCAAAACGCUUGGAUCAGACAUUACAGGAAUAUGAGUUCUUGUACUACUCCUUGAGUAGUGCUCGCAUCUUUUUCCGUGCUGAUUUGACUGCUGCCGAGGAGAUAGAAGCUAGCACCAGGGAGGAAAAAGGUAAGCAGGAAGGAGAGGCAGCCAGCCCUCAGAACACACAACCAGCAGCAGGAGAUACCAACCCGGACACCAGUCGAGUGAACAGUUCUAGCGCUGUCCCGCCCCCUUCCCCACCAGUUGCACCACCAGCUGCCCCACCUCCACUUUCAGGCUCAGCAGCAGCACCGCCCCCACCGCCGCCACCACCACCACCACCGCCGCCGCCACCACCACCACCACCGCCGCCGCCACCACCACCGCCGCCGCCACCACCACCACCGCCGCCGCCGCCACCACCUCCACCUCCAAUGUGAUCAUCAGUCUUGUGUGACUGUUGCCUCCUUCGUGAAAGGAAGCUACGACUGUAGUCAUUGCUAGUUUUUAUUUAGGCUUCUUGAAGGUUCGAGUAGUUUUUGGAAAUUGUAUCUCCUGUGAUUCUGUUUUUGCUACUGCUGUUCUUCCAUCCACCUAUACUCACCCCGGGGAAAAUGGCGGUGGGGAAGAGCUUAAUACGGAAUCGACGGGUCCUGGCCUGCUAAAAGCUGUCGUUAACUCUGGCGCCACCUGCAGGCGGUCACCUGUUUGAAAACUCAUCGGUUGGCAAUACUCUCCAUCCUUCCCAAACACCUGUAGUGACGUCACGGCAACCCGGUGACAACCUGAAGCUGCUGCCGGUCUUGUUGUUGCACACAUUCGUAAUUCUUUUAUUUAAAUUUCGCGGAGAUUGUGAUAAAACAUACUUGGAAAUUUUAGCUUCAAGGGUCCAAUGUAAACGAAAAAACAAAAGUGAAGAGAAUUAUAUUUGAGUUUGACUGGAUUUGUUAAUGAUGCUCUUAUUAAAUUUGUGUAAUCACAAUGAUGGAUGAUUGAAAAGUGAAUCAAAACAUUUUUAUGUAAUUUUGUUAUUGUUGACAUCGGCUGCAGGGUACCCUUUAAGGUUGACCUUGUCGUUUUGCAUAUAACGUAAUGCAUGUAGGUUCAGACAUUAAAAUGAAAUUCAAAUGCU